CCAAACCCAAGCCAAGCCCAAGCCCAAGCUCCAGCCUAGCCCAUUUUGCUUUCAUAUGUAUAAUAUAGCCCUCUCUUUUCCAGCCCAAGCCAUUCCAUCCCGUCCAAAACAUAUGCGUAAGCCUUUUCGUCGUCGCGUCGAUUCGUUUUACCCAUGCGUGUGCGUGUGCGUGUAUUCAUUCGUCUUCUCGCGCGCGCGCGUGUGUGUACGCAAGUCCAUGUAUAUCCCCAUCCAUCCCGUUUUGUGCUUUAUUUUCGGCCCCCCUCUGCGCGCGUGCAAGCAAGCAAGCAACCGCGUCGUUUCUACCCCCACCACUUCAAUUCACCAGUACCCACGCGCUUAGCCCAACCUAGCCAAGGUAUGGUGAGGCAAGGCAAGGCAAGGCAAGGCAGGAAGAAGAAGAUACAGGAGAACGGCUCAAAAAAGCCAAGCCAAACCAGACUAAGUCAAGCUCUGAGCUACAAAGCAAAGCAAAGCAAAGCAAAGCAAAGAAGCCAGCCAGCACAGCCAGCUCAGCGAAGAAGACGAAAAAGAAGCAGCAGCAGAAGUAGAUAGCCGACAGCGCCAUGCAGUAGCUACGUUAGGUAGUAGCGUAAAAGCCCAUCAGAAGAAGCAAGAAGAAGCAAGAAGAAGCAAGAAGCAAGAAGCAAGCAAUAGAAGAAAGAAUCGAGGUGUGAAAGGAGAAGAACCAAAAAAACCGCAGAUUCGUGAACGCGUGACA